ACUUUAUUUUUUGAGGUAAGCUUAAGAUUUCAGUUGUUCUUCCUUAGUCAUUUUCGUGUGACAGAAAAAAAUAUAAAAUAACCUAUUAUAAUUCGAAGAAGAAAUAAUAACUUUCACUUCGCUUGUCGUUUUAACGAAAUAUCAAUAAUUAACAGUUAUCGUGACGAAUAUGGUCUACACAGAGGACUAUCUUAAAGAAAAACUAACCAAGGAAUUAGAAGCCGUUCAUGUCGAAGUCGUGGAUCAGAGUGACGGUUGUGGGGGCAAGUUCGCUGCGCUCAUAGUCUCUGACAAGUUCCAGGGGAAACCGCUCUUGGCUAGACACAGAUUAGUAAAUUCAGUACUCCAAGAAGAGUUAAAGACAAUACACGCGUUCACACAGAAGACGCUGACUGUCGAACAGUGGAAAUCACAAAACGAAUAACAUUGUAACAUUAUAUUGAUGAUUUAGC